UUCAUAAGUCCGCGAACUCAGCUUCAAUGGCUCUCAAACUGUCACGUUUCUUGAAUUACCAAUUUUCCACAAACGUAAAUAGUGUCUCUAUUCUGUAGAGAACACCAUCACCAUGGCUACUCUGAACAGCUGCACAGCGCCACCGUCUUCCUUCAUCUACAAAGAUUGCCGCCGGUUGGCCAGAACCCACCUCCAGCUACUCUCCUCCGACACGGGUAAAUUCUCCAGGCUAAUGGGUUCUUCACCACUUCUGCGUCGCUCAUCGUAUUGUUGCAGAAGCGCUAUAGAUAGUGAGAAUAAGAAGACAGAUAAUGGUGCGCCGGCAGCGGCGGAAGGUGCAGCUCCGGUGAGAGUAGUAGCCCUUGUUGGGGAAGGUAGUGUCAGCCCGCUUAAGUCCACACCUUGGUAUGAAGUCAUGCUCCACACUGCAAAAAAACUGAAAUGGGUUGAUGAUGAGUAUGAAAUGUUGGUAUUUCCCGACAACUUUUACGAAGCUGAUAAGACCAUAGUGCAGCUUAGGGAGGCACUACGCGAAGCAAAUAUUUUGAUGAUUGUUGCUGUUACAAAUCAAGAAUCUGUCGAAUGGAUUCAGGCCAAUUGUCAAGAUGUCUCAAACGUCAUAUGCUUCGACUCGUCUCCAGCUUUAGAAAACAAAUUAGGGGGAUCUGUUAUCCCAACCAAAACCACUGGAAGUAUAUUCAGCAAAUUACCGUUGCCUCAGCCAAAGAAAGUAAAGGAAUCAGAGGAAGUAGUUCGCUCUGUGUUUGAAGCGUGGGACAGACAAAAUUCUGAUGAUAUAAGGUUCUGUUUGUUAGUUAUAAUAAAUGCUUACAUCAGACCAGUUCCUAUUCUGAAGAACCUAAGGGCAAAGGGCUUUUCCACAUUGAAUUGCAUGGUAAGCAAUUGUGGGACUCAAAUUUUGAACUGUCUAUUGGAUCCAAAUUGUAGGAAAGCUCUUCAAUGCUUGAACAAGUGCAGUCCUGUGGACCAGGUAUGCAACUAUCAAUGUAUCGCUUCAUACGAGAGUCGACAACUAGAAGAGUUUUCUUUAUGCGUACUGCAGAAACAUAACUGUCUUGAAUUGGAUGCUAAGAUUCCAGAUAAACCUCUUGUUACCCCAAUGGUCCAGUUCCGAGGACAGGAUUUGGACUAUGAAACUGCCGAAGAUCUUUUUGUGGGCUGGUUGGGGAGUUUGGAUUGGAGUUGGCGUGUCGUAGCUGGGCAGAACCCAGCUUACGAUCAGUUCCCAUGCCAGUACCAGUUGUUUUAUAGAGGAAAGGCGAAGGGAUCAUUUUGGUAUGAGCCUGUUUUCCAGGUAAGAACCCUGGAUGGGGAUCUAGUGUGGAGACGAAGAAGAUAUCGUGUGAAAAGAGGAAAGAUUCCAGGAACAUUUUACUUCAGCGUCUUGGAUAAUGGAGUCAUUUCAAAUGAAUUCUGGACAAUUGUUGACGUGUCUGAUGAUUUUAGCUGGGGUUUGUUCCAUUACCAUGGAGCUGCUCGAGCUGCAGGACAGUCGUAUACUGGUGCAGUACUUGUUAGCAGAGAUGGCUUGUAUCCGGAUGAGAGCCAGAACCCGCGAUUAGUAGCUGCUCUAGAUAGAUGUAGCAUCAAGGAGUGGGAGCUAUUUACCGUUGAUAAUUGUUCGUGCCAGAAUCCACCUUUAGGUCUGCCGGAGGGUUCAAGCUUGCAUUAUAAGAUCAGAGCUGAAGAUUCGGAAAGUUCAUCGAUUAGCGUUUGAAGACAAUAUCUAAAUUUCACAAUCACAAUUCUUCAACGUAAAUACUGUGAAAGAUUGUCGACACUGCACGCAAAUCAUCGCACAAGUGUAAUGCAUCAAGGUGCUGCUCGGAUCUUUCAAAUUCUUUUUGUUGCUCCAACUUCUGCACUUCCGAAAGGAACUGGAGAGAAAGGUUUGUUCUUUCAACAACCAAGUUUGAUAAGUCUUUAGGUUGAUGCAAUCAUUAUAUUACAUCAUCUGUGUAAAUUCAUAGCAAAAGAGCUACUUCGUACUUCGUACCAAAAAUGUUGUAAUUGCAAAUAUGCAAAUUUGCUCACUUGAUGGCACGAAAGUUAAAACCUUCU